AUGGACAAAUGGGUUGAAAAAACUGGUGGUGAAUCGUGUAAUGUUGUGCUUGUCACAGGGGACAAUGGAUUUGCUAACACUCUACAAAAGUUGCCGAAUCAUCACACUACUAUGGUCGUCUAUAGGAGAGACAAAAAUGUCCGGCGAUCUUCUGCAACAUUAACGGCGUCUGCUAAUAUUUUCUGUGACUUCCGCGAGUUCUUCGAUCUUCCAGAAGAGUGCGAAAGUAGGAAAGAAGAUAAAAGGAUGGACAAAACUUAA